UGACACGCCUCUAACCCAAAUGUUGCAGUAUUAUCAGUCGGAACGGCCCAUAAUGGUAGGAGGUGCUGUUGCCGCUGGCAUUCUAAUAUUUUCUAUAUGAAUCACUCGGUUUCUAGCUUUGUUCAAAGAGCGAAAGUGUGGUGUGUUUUCAUAAGCCCUAUAGUGGUUUGAACAUGACGAGGCGAAUCCAGGCCACUGGAGGAAGAAGAAGAAGAAUCUCUGGCGUUGGGACCAGUACUGGAGAUGUUGGAUCCAAUGUACUUCGAGAACUACGGGGAGCCCGUCGACUUCGAGGUGAACGAGAAGGAGAAAGAAAACGUGCUUGUCCCCAACUACGUGGUCAACAUCUUCAGUGCCAUCGCCGUCCUUGCCACCUGUGCCAUUGUAUCAAAGGUUGCCGUCAAUUCCUUUUCUAGGAUUCAUCAUGCCAAAAGAGACGUUGCCGCUACCAACGACAGCUCUUCCAGCCUUCUUAUUCGACUGGACACACCGCAGGAUCUGAACCCAGACUUGAUCCACCCUGAUUGGCGUGAAAUCCUCCCGAGCCCUCGGCCCAUCUUCUGCUUCGUGAACCGCGAAGGUUUCAUUCGUCUCCCACCUGACCACAUCGAGCUUGCAAGCUUUCCAGGCUACUACUGCACGCACAUGAUCCACAAAUCACUUUUAUGGAGCAAUGACACUUUUGAACUUUACGCAGACGCCAUCGACGAUGCCAUCCUAAGACAGUUAACGAGUGUUCGCCACUCUCUCUACCCUCAUUGGAAUGUUCUCGCCAACGCUUUCGUCGGUAAGAACGGCUCGUCCAAGCUACAAGAUCCGGCACUAUUCAUAAAUCUUCGUACCUGGCUGCAAGUUCGAAACCUUGAUGGCGUUAACUUGGAUUUCGACCAAGGUUUUUUCGAGGAUGACCCAAGAGCAGCAGCGCAGACAGCAUUACGGUUUUUCGCAAACGUCAAGAAGAGUAGCCUGUGGUCAAACAUAACCGUCACAGUUACGAUACCACACAAUGCUGCUGUCAUCCUAGCGGACGGCUUGACAGAGUACGUAAGCUACGUCUUCAUCAAAACUCACGGACUUCUCUCCGACUUCAAUGGAAAAACCCAACUGGCUGCUCCUCUAGAUGAUAUCAGUUUAAUUCACCACGUUUCAAGUGCUAGGACAGUCAUGUCGGUUCUAAACGGCUUGGAAAAGUACCUAAAUAAGAAGACCUGUUUUACGGUGGCAGUGUCUGGCAUAUCUUUUACGUUGUCGGACCCGAGGCACUCUUCCGUUGGGGCAGCCGUUGAUCAGUCACCGCCUACAAUGGUGUCAUUUUCCGAUGUGUGCAGUGACGGUCCUGGUAGAAAAAAGGUGGUUGAAGACGAUGCCGUCUAUUCUGUGACAGGAACCAAUUGGGUGACUCACGAGGAUCAGUUCACGGUGUUUGAGAAAGUCGCAAAGAUUCUGCGUCAUUGGGAGUUCAUGUGCAUAGGUGUGAUGGAUGUUGACUUGGAUGAUGUGAGAGGAUCCUGCGGGAGAGUAUUUCCUCUCUUGCAGAGGAUUUAUGAAACAUCUUAUAUUUUGAGGUAUUAUUGACAUCCGUCGUCAGUUUGCAGUAAAUGGGUCGUGAUAUUUA